CAAUUGCAGCUGCAUUGGAUUUCCGUAUAAAUAGGCCAGCGUUCAAUGCAAUUCUAGUUCAAAUCGCAACAAACCCUCAACGCUACAAAAUGUUCAAGCUGUGUGUUCUGCUCGCUGUCCUCGGCCUGGCUUUGGCUGCUCCUGCGCCUGCGCCCGCUCCAGUGCCCGCACCCGCACCUGCUCCAGGUCUCUGGGGUCCAUGGGGUCCCGCUCCUUGGGGUCCUGCUGUAGUCGCUGCUCCCCAUUGGGCUCCAGCUCCACAUGUUGUUAGCGUUUUGCCUGCCGCUGUCUCCCACGCUGCCAUCACCCAAGUGCAUCCAUCUCCAGUGCUGGUCAAGAGCGCGUAUCCCUAUGGUCCUGUUAUCGUUGGUUAAAGCCACACAGCAGCUCAACUAAUUACCCAACCAACCACCCACCCACCCACUACACACACACACACACACAACUGAUUCUUCUGCUUAACAUGAAACUCACAGCUAAUUGUUACACAACAAAAGUUAAAGCCUGCCGUUAAAUUUACCAAGUGCCCUGUUUAUAGUAGAACAAACUAAGUGAAAAAAAACUAAAAAAAAAAAAA